AUGGCAUCCAUUCCACAACGUCUCACCGCGUCAAAUUCCCCACUCCAGGAUAUUCAACAAUCUUCAGCUACCAUCCUCAAUAGCAAUGAAUCAACCAGUAGAUCGAAGAAUAAACCUUGUGAUACAAAACUUCGCCAACAAAAAUUACCUGCUUGGCAGCCCAUACUAACUGCAUCAGCAGUUAUACCAACAGUUUUUGGCAUUGGCAUUGUUUUUCUGCCUAUUGGUGUUGCUUUACUAUUAGCUAGUCAAGGAGUGAAAGAGUCGAUCACAGAUUAUACAUCUUGCAGUGUACCUUCACAUGAGUCUUGUGACUUCGUGAUUAAACUGAAUAGCGAUUUUCAGGGUGAUGUUUAUUUUUAUUACGCAUUGGACAAUUAUUUUCAAAAUCAUCGGCGGUAUAUGAAAAGUCGCAGUGAUAGUCAGCUUCUGGGUGAUCUUCAGAAUGUAGGUGACUGUGAGCCAUAUGCAUAUUUGAACACGUCAUCAGGCCUGAAAAUUAUUGCUCCAUGUGGUGCAGUUGCCAAUUCCAUGUUUAAUGAUUCUUUCACAUUAUUUCGUAACGACAACAAUGAGUCAGUGCCUUGGACAUACAAAGGUGUUGUUUGGCCGGUUGAUAAGAACAGAAAAUAUAGGAAUCCACCUGGAAAGGAUCUUAAGCAAGCUUUUGCGAAUACUGUGAAACCUCCUAACUGGCGAAAGGCAAUAUAUGAAUUAGAUCCGGACCAUUCUGACAAUAAUGGCUUUUUAAAUACCGAUUUCAUCGUAUGGAUGAGGACAGCAGCUUUACCUGAUUUUAGGAAACUGCAUCGUAUUCUAGUUCGUUCCAAAAAUUCAAUAUAUAAAAAUGGCUUACCUGCUGGAACAUACAAGCUUAUGAUCAAGAAUAAUUACCCAGUAACAGUGUUUGGUGGUCGGAAAUAUUUUAUAAUAAGUACAACAUCUUGGGCAGGUGGUAAAAGUGGAUUUUUGGGUAUUGCAUACAUUACCGUUAGUGGCAUUUGCGUUUUAUUCGGUUCAAUUUUCCUAUUAAUACAUCUGAAAUUCGGCACAUCGUCGAACGAAGCCGGGAGCAUUUCUCAAAUCUCACGGUAG